AGUGUGUGUAGAGAAAUGCGCACAAACGUUACCUGCAUUUUUGCACUUUGCGAGAAUUAUCAAAUACGAAAACAGCUGAAAUUUUAAUUGAACCAAAACAAAAGAAAGUGUAAUCAGUGUCGAACGCAAUUUAAAAAAUGCAUUAGUAAUAUUUGUUAACCACAAAUGAAGCUGCGUGACAUAGCAAGUAAAUAAUUCGAACCACAAAGCAGAUAUUGAGCAGUUCCUCGUUGAGACUGGAUGUGGGUAUCGCCCGCCCGCCCGCCCGCAGUUAAUUCAGAGCUCCAUUGAGAAUUUAAUUAAGAAAAGUACAAAGUGCAAAGAUGACGGACGAUACGAGGCUGGCGCUGAAGCAGGCCGAGGUGUCGGUGCAGCGCUUCCAGGACAUGGCCGUGCCGCAUCAUUUGAGCCUGCUGGAGAAUCAUCGCAGCAACAUUGAGAAGAGCUUGGCCCUCUGCGACUGGCAGAAGAUCAAAAAGGAGGAGCUCAAUGCGAUGCGUGUCAUCAAACAGAUGAAGAAUCUGCUGCUGGAGAUGGACGCGCUGCGCGACAAGCUGCGGCCCGAGGAUCAGGCGCGUUUCGAUCAGCUGAUGAAGCCGGGCAAGGACAAGGCCUUCGAGGGCAUGAAGAAGUUUGCAGAACUGCAGCUAAAGUCGCCCAGCUCGACGCAAUACGACGAGGAGGAUCGGGACAAUCAGGCCGUGGUGGACAUUGAGCAGGUGCCCGCGCUGCAGCACGCGCUGCCGCAGCUGCAGACGAACUUUCAGCUGGAGCAGCACCAGCUGGCGCAGCGGCAGGCGUGCCUGGAUCAAAUGGAGCGACUGCAGAAUGAAAUCUACGAUCUGGAUGGCAUGUUCCAUGGCCUGCGGCAGCUGACCCAGGAGCAGUCGGCCAGCGUGCAGGCCAUUGCGGACAACGCGGAGGAGGCGCUCGAGAAUGUCCAGGCCGGCGAAGGACAUCUGCGCAGCGCACUCAAGUACAAGAAGGCCAUGUAUCCGAUGGUCGGCGCACUGCUGGGCACCUGCGUGGGCGGACCCAUUGGCCUGGUCGCGGGCAUCAAAGCCGGCGGCCUGGCUGCCGUUGGCUGCGGCAUACUCGGCUUCACCGGCGGCUCUGUGCUCAAAAGCAAUCCGAAUGUCCUGCUGCAGGGCAACAUUGAGGAGCAGCAGGCGCAGCAGGAAACCCUGCAGCUGGCCGAGAAAUCCGAAUGACCUCGCGCCCUGGCCACAGCGCACAUGUGGACAGCAAAUACGCGCCGCCUCGAGGCGGCCACCACGGGCGUCAUCUGCAGCGUGCGCAGCUAUUGCUCCCUGCAGUAAAGUUUAAGGGCGGCAAAUCUAAUCUUUGAUCGUCUCCAACUGGUGAUUAACUGUGCAAUGCAGCAGACGCUGCGGAUUUGCAUUCCUCAAAUCCUUUUCUCUGCCCCUCUCUCUCCUCCAAUCUUAAAUUAGUUUAAG